ACACCUAAUGAUAGUCCUUUUUACUCUCCCCACCACUCUCUUCUUAUAAUUUUAAACAAGUCCGCACUUUCCUUUCUCCAUUACUACAGUCUUCCUCUUCUUUCUUUUCUCUCUCUCUUUCUCUCUCUACAUACAUAGAGAGAGAAAACAAACAAUAAGAGAUCCAACAUUGUUGAAAAAAAUAAUCACAUUUUCAAAAGAAAAUAUAAAAAAUGUUGCCUUUUGAGAGUAUUGAAGAGGCUUCUAUGUCUCUAGGGAGAAAUUUGACAUUUGGAGAGACAUUAUGGUUCAAUUACACAGCAGAUAAAUCAGAUUUCUAUCUGUAUUGCCAUAACACAAUCUUUUUGAUAAUUUUCUACAGUUUGGUCCCUUUACCAAUGGUUAUGAUUGAGUUAUUGAGGUCCAACAAGUUUGAAAUUUACAAGAUUCAACCCAAGACUACAUUUACUUUAUCUGAAAUGAUGGAAUGUUACAGAAAAGUCCUCAUCACUUUUGUAUUUGCUGUUGGUCCUCUACAACUUCUCUCUUAUCCCAUCAUUGAGUGGGUUGGUGUAAGGACAAGUGUGCCCCUGCCAUCUGCAUCAGAAGUAUUUUGGCAAUUACUUGUGUAUUUCUUAGUUGAAGAUUAUGCAAAUUAUUGGCUUCACAGAAUGCUCCAUCACUAUAAGUGGGGUUAUGAUAAAAUCCACAGAGUCCAUCAUGAAUAUGUGGCCCCAAUUGGUUUUGCAGCACCUUAUGCCCACUGGGCUGAAAUUAUUAUAUUGGGCUUAGCUUCUUUUCUUGGCCCACUUUUGGUUCCUUGUCACAUGUUCACUUUUUGGCUUUGGUUUGUUUUGAGACAAAUUGAAGCCAUUGAGACUCAUAGCGGGUAUGAGUUUCCAUGGAGUCCUUCAAAAUAUAUACCAUUUUAUGGUGGAGCAAUAUACCAUGAUUAUCAUCACUUUGUUGGAGAAAGUUGUCACAGUAACUUUGCUUCUGUUUUCACUUACUGUGAUUACAUCUAUGGAACCGAUAAGGGAUACCGAUACCAGAAGGAAAUCUUCGAAAAGAGAAGACAGAAAUUGAGAAUGGAAGACAAGGUUGAUGGAUCUACACCUCUUUUCAAAUCUGAAUAAAUGCAAUCACCUUUUUUUGAAACUUUUUGUUAUUGUUGUUGUUUCUUUUAAAUAUGUAAUCCUGUUUCUCUUUGUAUUUCGAGACAAGUUGAUUUAGUAAAAUGUUGGAUUAAGUACUGUGAAUGUACGUGCUGUUACGUUGCUCUAUCAAGCACUAUCUAUAUGGAGUGCUUGCAUAGUUUGUGUAUUUUAUUUUUUUUCAUAAUUAAUGUAAACCUUAAAUUGUAACA